UGCUAAACACCACUGUUGCCGUACCACGGUGUUGUUGCCGGGUUCAACAGAUCGAACAGCUAGCUAUUCAUGGUCGCUCAUUUUGGCAUGGCUGAACGUUUCUUUCCGAGGCUCUAGAUCUACCUGCAAAAGGUAGGCAUGGAAGAACAUUGUUACAGGUUUACAAAAGAAGAAGAAAGAUCUGUGGAGUUGUUGGUUGUGUGUGGGGAGCGACGCUGAAAGUGGUGCACAAGUAAGUUGCCAGUAGGAAGUGAUCAGUUGACGAGUGGUGGCAGCAGUAGUAAUGGCACUUUUGCUCGGUUGGAUACUAAUUAUCUAUUGCCUUUCAUCGCAAAACACAUUUCUUCUGGCGGGAGCGUUUUCUGGAGUAUAUUGGAAGCAGGCUUUACUGAAUGCUACGUACCCAAGCAGCCAGGCGACCUAUGUCGCUGCAUUCUACAGCCAGGAUAGCUUGAUCCCGACAACCAGGACGCACGAUAUAACGAUCGCAGAGUAUCAACUGGUGGAAUACACAGCUUUGAAUGGCUUGUGCAACACAAGUGUGGACCAUGCAUCCCUAGACUGGCCUGGGGCAGAAAUAGAGAGGCCCUUUGCCAUUCUGAUGCAAUACAACGAGUGCAGCAUUGAGGUUGCCACAAUGGAAGCAGAACAGCUUGGUGCUGGUGUUGCACUGGUUUACAGUCCUGGACCUGUUUCAACUGGAUUCUCGCCAGAUGUCGAUAACCCAUUGCGAGUGCUGAGCCCAUCCAACCGCAGGAUACAGACAAUUGGCAUAUCGAGAAAAAUCGGAGUCUACAUGAGCAGUGUUUUAGCACAGGACCAAACGCUGAAUGUGACGAUUGAGCCCCGUGCGGACUACAUUCCGCAAGCCCAGCAACUGCAGCAUGCCAUGUUUCUUCAGCUGAGCUUCUGCGUUGUGGCACUGAGCCUACUGGCCAUAGCUAUUCUUAUGUAUGCCAAGCUGCACAUCCAGACCCGUCAAGUGACACUGAAUCAGAGGUCCAGAGCAGAUCAAGCCAGAGAAAGAAUAGACGAACUGCCAGAGAGAACACUUGAUGAAUCCAUAAUGGAUGAUGAGGAAUAUGCCACCUGUGUGGUGUGCAUAGAUAAUCUGGAGAGUGGAGACACGAUACGAACCCUUCCUUGCAAUCAUGUUUUCCACAAGGACUGCAUCGACCGGUGGCUGAUAGCUCGGCAGACGUGUCCACUUUGCAAGUACAACAUCCUCAGCGGGACGAUAGAGGAAGAUGAAGAAAUGGAUGUGCAGGAUGCAGCGGCAGAGAUAGCACUCGGUAACAUGCCGGACAGCGUGCUGGAAGAAGCAGCUGCCCUGCCUCUACCGCCGUCACGCUUAUCUCGAUUCCUGGACAGCAGCCUGCAGCGCGAACGAAUGGUAAGCUCGCGGGCAGCGUCUGUGUUACAGUCGGGGCAGCGGACACACACCGCUACGCCCGAGUUUGCAAACGCUUCCUCUGCUUCAAACAACCUGAACGAUUCUUUAGUAAGUCCAUCUCUGCUUCCUAGCAUUGAGCAAGCUGAGCAAAGUGGAUGUUCACGAGCACCGGACGAUGCUAGUCAAUCAUCAAUGUCAACCCACUCUCUCACCCUGAGACCGGAUGUAAGAAUAGCUCAGCCGAACAUGUCCAACUCCUGGAGAACUGCAUUCAGCAGCAACAGUGCUGUACCCGAGGUCAUAUCACCCAAUCGGAGAAUGACGGACUACUCACCGAAUCGAACGUCAGUGUCAAUGCUCACACGGAUGUUCACCAGCGCCGUGGGCCAUCGACAUCGCAACCAUGGUGAACAUGUGCCGCUGAGCGGCUGUAGUGAUGAGAGCGAGCAGACAGCCAGGGAGGUUGUUGAGAUGAUAUAACCUGUGCAGAGUCAGCAGACUUCAACUAUGACGAUAGCCGCUAGGAGUAGGGUAGCUCCAACUGGCUGGCUUCACUCCCUGACAAACCGCAAAUGCUGUCCGCGUGACAGUCUGCUUUGGGUGAUAAAGCCAUGCGCCAGCUACUAAUAAUUGUUAGGAUAGACCAAGCUCUGUGCCGGAUAGACUCGUGACGGCUAAUAGCACCUCAUGAGAAGCUGGCUCUUCUAGUGGUACUAGUCAUAACUUCACUCGCUACAAGUGUUGGCUCGGCAACAACCGGGUGUACCGCCCUGCACCUCUGCAUGUUAACAGCAAUAUCCUGAAACAGGCAGCUGUGUCCACGUGACCCGGCGAACCGCAAGGAUCAGGCAAGGCUAGACUUGCCGUGCUGUUUGCCGCAGUCACAAUUUUCUCUGCCCACUGCGUAUGGCAGGCUGGCUAUUUGCUUUAAAACUUGACAUGCGCAUUUGUACGAUGUUUAUCAUAUUGAAACUAUGUGUAGGAUUCAUUAUCAGACUAUUCUAUCGUUAGCCGGAGUAGGAGUAUUCAUAUUCCACUUCCUUAUCACUGGUAAGGCCAAUAUCAAUUGCUAUCCUGGUUUGACCUGCACGUGGGUCGCAGUGCGGAACAUGACUGUAGUACCCCCCCCCCCCCCCCUCUCACUGCUAAUGACCAGGUCUCAAAUUCAGUUUGGCACACCAUGAUAGGUGACCUAACCCAUCUGUGGCGGUGUGCAUUCAUGCAGGGGUGUGCAUGUGCACACACAGUGCACAUGGAUACGAACACACACACACACACACACCAAAAU